CGAGCUUCAUGUCCGAGCCUGUCCGAGCCACUGACUGCCAACGGGGUGCUUCGCCUGACACAAAUAUCCCUCCCUCGCUCACUAUUGGCUCCAGCUCGACAUAUUAAGCUCCGUUAUCCAGGACCUUAGGCAUGCCCAGGUUCAAGUUUGGAUUUUCAUGAGAUAAUGAGGCUGACCUAUUACUUCAGAAGGCAUGCUCCGACGCUGCAGAUGGUCUUGAACGCCUUAUGUGCGAGAAUGAACAACUGAAGAGAACGGUGGUUGACCUGUCCAAGAAGUUGAACCAUUUCCGGCGCAAAUCGAUGGCUGCUCACCUUCCUCCUGAAAUUCUUCUUGGUAUCUUCAACCAAAUUGUGCCUCCUCCGUGGAUGUUGGGAGGGAUACGGGAGCUCACGCUUGACUCGCUCUAUAGCAUGGACCUCGAGAUGAAGACGAUAUUAUGCUUAGUCUGCGCGUCGUGGAAUAGGGUCGCAACCGAGCUUCUAUAUCGACACGUUCACUUACGAAGCAUUGGUCAAGUUGCCGCCUUUUCUUGUGCAUUGGAGACUCCCACUGGCCUUGGUGCAAUCGUGCGCCGUCUCGAUAUAGGCUGCUUCAUCCCUUACGGCUACUCCCGACUUUUCAGAAACGAAACCCAGCAGAUACUUGAACGGUGCUCCCAUCUGACACACUUUGGUUUCGUGCCUCCGUCUCUUGACCCGAUGGUUGACACACCCUACAAUUUAAGCGCAGUUCCGAUGAAAAAUACUGUCACCAGCCUUGCCUUCUCGCCCGAUGUUGACGUAGACGUUAUUCUCGGGCUUCUAGCUCAGCUUUGUGCGAAUCUUCGAGCUCUUUCCAUUCCAUUCGACCACCACCUCUAUUCCGAACUGGAAUUCCCCCAACUCGAGGAACUUAAUGUGUUUAUAAUGGCCAAGGUUCGCGAGUCCCUGCCAAUUAGUCCGCCAGUCAUUUGGCCGUGGUCGAUGCCGCUGCUGAAGCGACUCUUGCUGAGUACAAUGAGUCUGGAUCCAGGAAGGCUGGCGUGGAACAGAUUUGCGCCAUUGUUCAUCGAUACAUACGGCAAAUAUCUCGAUUUUCUGUCACUGCGGGUCCCUUCUUUCAGUUCGGACAGACCAUUAUCUUGUCAAAAUAUUGACAAUACCUGCCCCAGACUCAAGCAUCUCGCCAUCGCUGCCAUGACACAGUCCGACUGUGAGGCGACGCUGGAUUUUGUGAAUGGUCACCCUAUCGUUGAGCACCUGGAUAUUUGGUGUCGAUGGACUGCCGAGUCACGCCAUCCGCGACUUAAUGCGCCAGACGAGGACAAGCUCAGGGCCGCCUUUCCGUCUUUGCUUACGUGUCGGUUCUUGGAUGCCUCUUUCAUAUAUUUCGACCGGAUUCCUUUGGAUUUCCCUCCAAACCCCACGCAUGAAAAAACCCUAACGUCCAGCCAGACACCACCGACAGUCUCACUUCCGCUGUGGUGGCGGACUAUCAUUGCCUUCGUUGACCCCGCAUCCCCAAACAGCGAAUAUGACCUCAACGACUCGGUUCGAUUUGCGGAUUUGCGGAUUGAGGAAGACUCCGACUCUGACUCUGAAGAGUCGGAUUCUGACGAGGACGACGACACCAAUGAUGAAGACUCAGCCUCGCUGAUACAAUCUGAUUAUGGACAAGACGAGUAUUCUUCCGGCGAUUCUGACUCGGGUUACGAUGACUUCGACGAGCAGCUGCCGGAUUGCCGCCAACAGGUGGACAGAGCCGAGGCACUGGAAAUAUUUGCAGCUAUCUGCGGGCGAAAUCAAUAA